CGGCCGCGGGGCUGGCGGCUCCCGGCCCCUGCUGUCGACGCGCACCAUGUCGGGGGCUGAACUUCCCAGGUCAGGCGGAGGCGGCGGCUGUCGGAGCGACCCCGCGCUGAGCAGCUCCUCUCGCCUGCGCGGCGGCCCCGGCUGCAGCGCCCCGACGGCCCCCAGCCGGGCUGGGCCGGGCUGGGCCCCGCGCGGUCGGCAGCUCCGGGACGGCGGGGCCCAGAGGCUGGGCCAUUGGAGGAAGGCGGAUGUAUUUUGCUGAGAUCCAGUGGGCUCUGCUGGACCCUGGUCAGAGGCCUGUCUACAGGGAUGUGGUACCUGAUGGCUAUGGGACCCUGGUCUCUCUGGCAGAUGGCGGGAUGACAAAUGCAAAUCCCCAACAGGGAUGCCUUGAAACAGCCCAGCCACAUGGGACCUUACCCGGGUUACGGUCUGAGGUGAAUAUUUACCAGGCCCUGGGCCAUGCCAUUACCAGACCAGAGGGGCAGCAGGGUAAAAGAUGGGGUAAACUGCCUCCUGGUGGGGAAGCCCUGAAGAAGUUCAAGGAAGGCAGUGCUGCCUCGCAGAGAAUGCAGGUCCUGGCACGGGGGAUGGGAGCAGGGGAAGGGCAGAACGUGUGUGCCCAGUGUGGGGGGAGCUUUAUUCAGGUUGCACGCCCUGCCCAGGCCCCACAGCUGCAGCCCCAGCCACAGCCGCAGCCACCAGCACUACCACGGAUCCCUGCAGCAGAAAGACUCUAUCAGUGCCCUGACUGCGGCAAGCGCUUUGCUGUCAGCUCCCACCUCACCAUCCACCGGCGUGUUCACACGGGCGAGAAGCCAUACCAGUGCGGAGAGUGCGGGAAGAGCUUCAGCCAGAGCUCAACGCUGGUGCUGCACCGGCGUGUCCACACAGGGGAGAAGCCCUACAAGUGCAUGGACUGUGGAAAGGGCUUUGCUGUCAGCUCCCACCUCACCAAGCACCAGCGCGUCCACACAGGUGAGAAGCCCUUCCAGUGCCAGCACUGCGGGAAGCGCUUCAGCCAGAGCUCCACACUGGGCCUUCACCAGCGCACCCACACUGGGGAGCGUCCCUACCGCUGCAGUGAGUGUGGCCGCGGCUUUGCUGUCAGCUCCCACCUCACCAUCCACCAGCGCAUCCACACGGGGGAGAAGCCGUACCGCUGCCCCCAGUGCGGCAAGAGUUUCCGCCAGCGUUCUGGGCUCAUCACCCACCAGAGGAGCCACACGGGGAAGCCCUACAAGUGUACAGAAUGUGGGAAGGGCUUCAGCCAGAGCUCCCAUCUGAUGCGUCACUUGGGCACACACACAGGUGAGAAGCCAUACAAGUGCGCAGCCUGUGCUAAGAGCUUUACCCAGAACUCCAACCUGCUGCAGCACCAGCGCAUGCAUACAGGUGAGAAGCCCUACCACUGCCUACAGUGUGGCAAGCGCUUCAGCUGGAGCUCCAACCUCAUUCAACACCAGCGCCUGCACACUGGCCAGAAGCCCUUUCAGUGUGCCCAGUGUGGUAAGCGCUUCUGCGAGAGCUCCCGCCUCCUGGAGCACCAGCGUACCCACACUGGGGAGAAGCCCUACCGCUGCCCACAGUGUGUCAAGAGCUUCAGCCGCAGCUCCCACCUCAUCCGCCACCAACGCAUUCACACCGGCGAGCGUCCCUACCAGUGUGCCCAGUGUGGCAAGGCCUUCAGUCAGAGCUCUGCCCUCCUCAUACACCAUGGGACCCAUGCAGGAAUUCAAUACACAUCAGAUAAUCCAUGCAUAGAAGUAAUUGGAGACAUGGGGAUAAGCUCAUUCUGGGCAAGUGAAGCACUUAUUAUACAUGAGUGAAUUCAAGUGGGAUGGUGACUUCAGCCACAUGUAAUAAAUGCACAUUAGAGAAUCUAUAUAUAACACUUACUGGAUACCUUGAAGAAUGACUUUCAUGCGAGUUUGGUGCUUACUGCCUUUGAAUAAUCAACGCAUAAUAGUGACCACAGACAGAUAGCAAGUAGUUCUGUGUGCAUUCAAUGCUGCUUAUGUUUUGGAGGAUCCACAGUCAUAUUGUGACUUAGCUCAGUAUUUAUUAUACAUCAAAGAAUCCAUAUGUGACUUUGGCCCUGGGGAUGAAUGGCUUCUAUUUGAACCAACACUUAAUACUUGUCAGAGAAUCCAUGCAGGAUGGUGACCAAUGCGUGCUUUGUCAACUCAGUGCUUAUUACUUGCUGGAGAAUCUACACUUAUCAAUGAGCAUGAACAGAUGGCAAAUGGCUUCCAGAGAAUUGAGAGAAUCCACAGUUGGGAGGAGAAGAGACUAAGUUUAUCCACGUGGAAUAAACUUUAUUGUGAUUUCUCAGUUUACUGCAGGUCCUCAAUGAAGAAAAAGCCCUGCCAGCAGAACGGGGCUUAAUCUGCGUAUGAAUUGCACCUGUUAAUACCUUAGAUACCUACACAGUGAAAACCAUGGGAGAAAAGCCUGUGUUUUGUGUGUUUGCAUACGCUGGGAGGAGGUGUUAUAAAUGGCAGGGACUGCUGGGGAGAGCUGGGGGAUGGGGAGUGAAAUCACUAAGCCAGAGGAAGGGGUAUAGGUUGUAGCUGUGUUGGUCUAAGAUAUAGGCAGACAAAGUUCUUUGGAUAAAUCUGAUAUUUUUUUUAUUAGGCUAACUCAAAUAGUUGGAAAAAAUUUUCUUUGUAAGCUUCUGGGUACAAAUACCCUUUGUCAGGCUGAGGAAGUGUCUGCAGUUGGUCUGUGCUCUUCCUGGAUGGAAUAGUAAACCAGAGAAAAGCACUUACUCAGGAAAUGAGUUCUUCACCCAGCUGGAGGCACAUGAGGAUUUACUCUGAACUUCUGCACCCAAGUCUGGCAUUGCAGUUUGGGGCAGAAGUGGUGCUGGAGGCUGUGGGAGAAAUGCUACCUUUGCAGAAUGGGCCAACAUGCGACCAAGGCUCAACUGGAGCCUUAGUGUAAGGGUGUAGGUAGGUCUAAUGUUGUGGAUGUAUUUUGUCUUGGGCUUGCGUUUCUUCUCCUUGGUGUAUUUUGCAUAUUGCUGCCAGUACUGCCAACCACCUCUUGCUGAAGGGACUGUUUUGUGGGAUCAAAGGCUUGCAUGCAUGUUACCACCUAUAGCAGAAGAAAGGUCCAGCAGAAGACAGACGUUUUUCUCCUUUCUCUCCUUACCCCACUCCCCCCACAGCCAUUGAGUUUCAUGAACUGGACAAGAAAUGAAGGAACUCAGUGGAUCCAUUGGGAGGCUAAAGAACAAGGAGACAUUCUACACCUAAGGUACUGACUGAUGGUGGCUGCACAAUGGAGUAUAGAUGGAAACCAUGGCCAAAUAGGUAUGGGCCUGAAUGCAUGUAGGGCUUGCUAAAAACACAAUGGUGAAGUUAGGCUCUGAAGGAGACCCCAUCUUUCAUGAGUAACAGCAAUGGAUCACUCCCUGAGUCCUUGUCUACAUAGGUUUGGCAUAGCUGUGUCAGCUAGUGACAUGGAAAGAUUGCACCCUGUUGCUGACAGCUAUACUGGCAGAACCUUCCCAGGGUGAACUUUGCUCUGCCAGCAGAAAUGAGGUGUCUUACAAGCUUCUGUCUUCAGAGCUGCAUCUUCUGCAGGAGGCUUGAAGCUGUAGUAAAAGCAGCUACGGCUUUGACACAGCUGUAGAAUUGGGAGUGAGUGGUUUGUUGCUGCCUUCCAUGGAGCUAAUAGUCUUUCCUGGGGCCCCUAUUAUUCUCAGCCCUCUCUAAAAUUGAUGAGGUUGCAGCAAGUGACUGGCAGCUGUAAUUCUUUGCCCAAAAUUUGGAGUUACUUCUCAUUCAGUUUCAUUCUUCCUGUUUCAAUGUUUAUUUAAUAAGGGCUAUUAGGGGUGCACCAAUAAAGAUUUUCUUGACUGAUACUUUUAGUUGAUUACUAACCAACCAUAUUGGCCAAUGCUGAUCCGAUAAUCGAUUUUCUUUAAAAUUCAAGGCAUUUUAAAAUACUAACAUAAACCUGUCCUGCAUCACAUGUAUCAGCAUCCCUGCACUUAAAAAUGGUGGGGGUGGUGCUUACACUAAAGCUUGUUGAAUUAGCUUCAGUUCAAGUGCUGCCACCACCAUUUAUAAGUGCGGAGAUGCCUUUAAAUGGAGGAGAGCUGAGCUGAGCGAGGUGAGGGCAGAUGCGGGCUGCCCACUGUGAGCUCAGGGCUCUCUGCUCUGCUUCCUUUGCCCUGGGAGCCCCUCGCUGGUGGGGGGCACAACUCGCUGGGGUAGCGGUGGAGGCAGACUGUUGCUGGGAGUGCCGGGGGCACAUGGCUCCCAAGGGAAAGGCAGCAGAGUGAAGAGUCCUGAGCCCACAGCAAGCAUCCUGCAUCUAACCCACACAUAAACCUGGGGGGGGCACAUGCCCUCUCCCCCCCCAUGCCUUCCCUGGGGGGUGCAUGCAGUGGGGUGGGACCCACCUUCCUUCCCUAUGCCCCCUGGACAAGCCAUUCAUGGCUCUGUCCAACUCCCUGCCCAGGUCCUGUGUCCCAUGCACUGCCUUGGGUGGGCAGCACCCCCAGCCCCUGUCUGCCCCAUUCCCUCCCUCACCAUGGGGGCCUCAGUCUGCCCCUUCCCUGCCAUAGACUUAUCUGCAGGGAGCUGAUCUCCACACUGCCCGACUGUAUUUCUGGCCACAUGCAUGUGUGAAGUUGUGCACGUGCAUGUAGCGUCCCCCGCAUCUCGCUCCUGGCAGCCCCAAGCAGGACCCCUUGCAGGCUAGAAUGCUGCCUGCCUGCAAGAAGAAACCCACUGUUUCCCGAAGGAACCCAGGCUCCUGGGGGGUGCCUGACCCUGUGGGGGAGAGGGAACCCAGGUAUCCAGAGCAUUGGCCAGAAGGCAUAAUUAUCAGUCAACAUUAUAGGUUACAGUGGUCAAAAAAAGCUGAUAGCUGAUAAUAUAAUUUCCCCUUUUAUUGGUGGGGAUCUGAUAGGCAGCCGAUAUAUCAGUGCACCUCUUAAGAGCUGUACCUGAGCACGUGGUCCUUUAAGGGGAAUGAUGUACUGGCCAGGUACAAUACAGGGUUUAUAGUGCAGAAUGUAAAUAUCCCUAGCUAAUAUUUCUGUUUUUGGGGUGGGGAUGGAAGUGGACUGGAUGGUGGUGGGGUGGGAGGAAGGUGAAAGACUGAAUGAUCAUGCCUGAUCUCAAAUAAUAAUAAUUAAAUUGUGAUUUUAAAAUCCAACUGCAGGGAGGUGGUAUAAAAUGGUACUUCCUUUGCCUAGAAAGAUGAAACUGGUUGUUAGUCCAGAGUGGGCCUCUGCUCCCCAGUACUUUUCUCUCCUAUGGCCCCUGGUUUAUUUCCCAAGAUAUUGCUAACAAGUCUUUAGGCUGGAUAAAAAGGACAUGUGGUACAGUGCUUCUAUGGAAAAAUUGCUUGGGAAUCAACUUUUAGGACCUUCCAUUUUCUCUCUAGACUUUGCAGUUCAAAGGCUUCCUUCUAGUUUAAAUUCCAGCUCAUUCACUCAAUUCAAAUAUAUACCUAUGGUUGUUGUGAGCAUCACUCCUAUCUUUCUUUUCUCUGAAGCCCUGAGUCACAAAAGUUGUCUUUUCUUUUAAAAAAGGAAAACGCUUUAACGAGUUGGCUAAUAUGAAUCAUGGUAGCUAAUAAAAUUAUGAAGAACUUGUAUGAAUGAAUUGAAAAAUAAAAGAAUGUGUUCUUAACCUGA